AUGUUUGAAAAGAAAAUGGACGACAGAUCAACCCAAUCGGCAAAGCCGUUUCUUUCUAAUUCCAUCAAUUCUCUCUCUCUCUCUCUCUCUCUCUCUCUAAAAUACAUCUCUCUGUCUCUUUUUUUCUCUGACGCUCACUCACUCACUCACUCUGUGUCCCCCUUUAAAUUUUCUCUCUUUCUUUCUUUCGUUCUUUAUUUCUUUCUCUCUUUCUUUCAUUAUAACUUUCUUUCUUUCUACUCAAUUCUAUUGUCUCUCUUUUUCUCCGCUUUUCCUUCUUUUAUUUUUUUUACAUUUUACUCUUUCGUUAUCUUUUUUUUAUCUUUUUACUCUCACCUUCUGCCUUUCUUUCCGUCGAUCUUUUUCUUUUAUCUUUCUAUUUUUGUUGCUACCUUUUGUUCUUUCUUUCUUUCUUUCUUUCUUUCUAUGAUUUGUCAUUCUUUUCUUUUUUCCACUAUUUCCUUUUCGUUUUUUCUUUUAUUCUUUUACUCGAUCUUUCUUUCUUUCUUUCUUUCUUUUUCAGUCUGUAUUCAUCAGUCAUACUUUCAUUUUCUUUCUUUCUUUCUUUCUUUCUUUCUUUCUUUCUUUCUUUCUUUCUUUCUUUCUUUCCUGAGUGAUUUAUCGCUUCUUUCUUUAUCUUUCUUACUAUUUUUCUUUCUUUCUACGCUUUUUGAUUCUUUUCUUUGUUCCACUAUUUUCUUUUCGUCUUUUCUUUUAUUCUUCUACUCGAUCUUUUUGUCUUUCUUUCUUUCUUUCUUUCUUUCUUUCUUUCUUUUCUAUGAUUUGUCAUUCUUUUCUUUUUUCCACUAUUUCCUUUUCGUUUUUUCUUUUAUUCUUUUACUCGAUCUUUAUUUCUUUCUUUCUUUCCUGAGUGAUUUAUCGCUUCUUUCUUUCUUUCUUUCUUUCUUUCUUUCUUUCUUUCUUUCUUUUCUAUUGCCUCUCUGUUUCUACACUUUGUACUUCUUUUCUUUUUCCAUCAUUUUCCUUUUACUAUCUUCUUCUCUUAACUUAUUAAUUCAUUCUUCAUCUUACCUUCCUCUCUCUCUCUCUUUUUCUUAUCUACAUUUACCCACUUCUUCUUCUUCCUCUUCUUCUUCCUCUUCUUCUUCCUCUUCUUCUUCUUCUUCUUCUUUAUACAAUUUCCUCUUUUACCUACCCGAUUUCUUUAUUCUCUUUCUCUCUCUUUAUUCUUUUUUCUUGUUCAUUUUUCUUCCUUUCAAUCUCGUUUAG